AUGAGGGACCGGCUGGCAGAGCUGCGGCAGAGAGUGGCAGCCGAGGGCGACCUGCAUGAGGACGGCCUGUGCUUCGACAACCCGGCCUUUGGCGGGGACGAUGCCAGCCCCGUCAGCCGGGCGCUGCGGGAGGCGGCCGAGCUCUGGCGGGCGCUGGACGGGCUGGAGCAGCUCUCCGAGAGCAUCGACAGGACGCAGCAGAGGGUGCUGAGCUGCACCUCUGAGGAGAGCAUGGCCCGGGAGAAGCAGGGGCUCGGCGCUGCCAGAGCCGCCUUCGCCCAUCAGGCCGUGGCCCUGCAGCCCCAGCUGGGUGCCCUGCCGGCGGCGCCGGAGGUGGGGAUGGGGCAAGCGGGUCCCCGCGUCCGCCAGACCCAGCUGUGGCUGCUGCUGCGGCGGUACCGGGCCGUCCUCGCCCGCCAUUACGCCCGGGAGAGCCGCUACCGGCGGCGGCUGAAGGAGCAGAUCGAGAGGCAGGCGGAGCUGGCGGGCAUCGAGCUGGGGGGUGAGGACCUGGACCGGCUGGCCGAGAGCCCCCAGGCACCUCGCCUCGUGGGCCGGGACCUGGAGGAGCUCAAGGCCAAGCAGCACCUGGCCUUGGCCCAGGCCCGCCAGCGGCAGCUCCUCGACCUGGAAAUGCAAAUGGCGGAGCUGCACGGGCUCUUCUUGCGGCUGGAGGGGCUGCAGGCCGAGCAGCACGGGGCCGCCGACAGCGUGGAGCACUAUGUCCUGCACACCCUCGACUACGUCGCCCAGACCGGCGGCGAGGUGAAGAAAGCCUUCGCCUGCCAGCAGCCGUCGCGGCUCUCGGCCCUGCUGGCAGCCAUGCUCAGCCUCUGCGCCUGCUGCUCCUGCCUGCCCUGCCUUGGUGGGACCCUCCGGUGAGACAGAGCAGCUCCGGCAGGAUUCCUCACAGAUUCCCCCUCUAUCUGUGCAAGAAAUGGUGCCCUGAGAGGCUGCUGCUGUCCUGCAGUUCUUGCACGGUGGUGCAGGGACCACACAGACUGUGCACGAUGGCAAUGGGACCACACACACCUUGUAUGAUGGCAUGGAGACCGUGUAUGCCUUGCACAAUGGCACUGGAGCCAUGUACGCCUUGCACGAUGGUGCUUGGACCACGUGUGCCUUGCACAAUGGCAUGGGGACUGCGGACACCAUGUAUGACAGCCUGGGGACCGUGCCUACCAUGUACUGGGACCAUGCACACCUUGUGUAGCGGCAUGGAGACCACAUUUGCACAGCAGGACAGGUACACAGAGCACUGCAGUGUCCAGCAGGGAAAAGCACUUUUAAUACUAUGCAAUCUAACUUAAAAACAUUUAUGUUUCCUUUUUUAUUUAUUAAAGGAGGGAGGGGGGAAAGAAAACCCCUUGGAGUUUUGGGCACCUUUGUUGUGAUGUGUGAGGGAAGCCAAUGGCUUGGUGCUGCCAUGGGGCAGUGGGAAGGCUCCUCCACCACAUCUGGGUCUUUGUUCUCCCCACUUUCUCCAAUUUCUGCUUCUGAGGUGGUUCUUUAUGUGCAUUAAUGUCGCUUUUUCACUGUUACUGAUUUGCAAACAGGUGGUCACAUUUGGGCCGGGUGGUUGGGUGUCCCACUUGGCCCACCCCGUGGUGUGACACCAGGAGGGUUUAUGCAAUAGAUGCAGUUUUGGGGAGGCUGCAGGAAAAGGACUCUUAUUUCAAGCUGCACGUUGACAAACCAGUCACUAUCACAUGUGUGCUGGAAACCCCGUGUGACCAUUUCCUCUGUUCCCUGCGAUACCAUCUGAAUUUCUCUCAAAUUUGAGACACUGCAGCAGAACUGGUUAAGUUUCUCAGAACCCUUUGUGGAAGGUCCCUUUGUGUCCUGGCAGUUUCUGGGGUCAGGUCCCAGCAGACUCAGCCACCAUUUGGUUUAUUUUUUUCUUCUGGCUGAGCCUUAAUAAAACAAU